GCUUCCGCCGGAGACCGGAAGUGACUCUCCGCUCCUGUCAGUGGGCCAUGGAGAAAGUGGCAGUGUAGCGUCCGAGUUGUGAGGACUGCGGGGCCGGCGGCCAUGGAGGCCGUGCUGAACGAGGUGGUGUCUGUGGAGGACCUGCUGAAAUUUGAAAGGAAAUUUAAGUCUGAGAAGGCAGCAGGCUCGGUGUCCAAGAGCACGCAGUUUGAAUAUGCCUGGUGCCUGGUGCGAAGCAAAUACAACGACGACAUCCGUAAAGGCCUUGCUCUGCUGGAGGAGCUGCUGCCCAAAGGGAGCAAAGAGGAGCAGCGGGAUUAUGUCUUCUACCUGGCCGUGGGGAACUACAGGCUCAAGGAAUAUGAAAAGGCCCUGAAGUAUGUGCGAGGGCUGCUGCAGACAGAGCCGCAGAACAACCAGGCCAAAGAACUGGAACGGCUCAUUGACAAGGCCAUGAAGAAAGAUGGAUUAGUGGGCAUGGCCAUCGUUGGAGGCAUGGCCCUGGGCGUAGCGGGACUGGCUGGACUCAUCGGACUUGCUGUGUCCAAGUCCAAAUCCUGAAGGAGACGGCAUCCCUGCGUCUGUGCAGGGACACGUGGGAGCCCGUGGAGGACACUGGAAGAGAGGCCCACCCCCCCGGCCAUCCCUUUCUUCUCCUGCACUGCAUCCCUGUCCUCUGUGGACGUCACCCUCCUCUCCCCUGAGACCUGUCACCUAUCCCCAAAUCAUGUGCUUGGAGAUGAGUGUAAAUAAACCUGGACUUGGGCUUGGGAA